UUUCACAAAAAACCUAUCACUUCCGUGGAGUGGCACCCAAGUGACUCAGGUGUAUUUGUGGCCACCUCGGAAGAUGAUCAGGUGACCCUCUGGGAUACCACUUUGGAACAGGCCGACGUUCCCGAGGAUGAAUCGACCAACGACCAGGCGACUCAAAACUUGCCCGUACAACUGUUGUUCAUUCACAGCGGACAGACAGAGGUGAAGGAAGCCCAUUGGCAUUCGCAGAUUCCCGGACUUUUGUUUGCCACAUCCCUGAACGGAUUUAACGUCUUUCGUACAUGUAAUGUAUAA